AUGGCCUUCUCUUCGUCACUGGCGCCCUUCUUCGCACCUUCUGGAACCUUCGGAGCCCAUCCCGCCAAGAGGCUCCGGGCCGAUGCACCCGGGAGGUUCGUGGCGUCCUCCUCGCCCCCUCCUGACGUCGUGGUGACGCGGGAGCAGGGAAAGAACGCCAGGCUCAUCGUCGCACUGGAAAAGCAUAAUAUACACUCUCUGGAACUUCCUCUUAUUAAGCAUGUUGAGGGCCCUGAUACAGAUAGGCUUUCAGAUGUCCUACGUAAUGACAAGUUCGACUGGAUUACUAUAACCUCUCCUGAGGCAGCUGCAGUGUUCCUUAAGGGAUGGAAGGCUGCUGGAAGUCCUAAGGUGCGAGUAGCUGUUGUUGGAGCAGGAACUGCAAGUGUUUUUCAUGAAGUAUCAGAAUCUGGUGAUCAAUCUCUUGAGGUUGCAUUUUCACCUUCCAAAGCUUUAGGUAAAGUCUUGGCUUCAGAGCUUCCAAGGAGCAAUGAGAAUUCAUGUAAAGUAUUGUAUCCUGCAUCUGCAAAGGCUGGCCAUGAAAUUCAGGAUGGGCUAUCAGAACGGGGAUUUGACGUGACACGACUGAAUACAUAUACAACUGUUCCUGUAGAAGAUGUGGAACCACUAACAUUAAAUCUUGCUAUAUCAGCUCCAGUUGUCGCGGUAGCUUCUCCUUCUGCACUGAGGGUGUGGUUAAAUCUUAUUUCAAAAGUUGAUAACUGGAACAACUCCAUCGCUUGCAUUGGUGAGACCACUGCAUCAGCAGCGAAGAAAUUGGGCCUGAAGAGCAUAUAUUAUCCAACAACCCCUGGACUUGAAGGGUGGGUUGACAGCAUUCUUGAGGCGCUCAGAGUCCACAGGACAUCAAAAGAGGUUCUGCUCUUUCCCUUGCGGCCCCAAAAUGUUGAAAACGGGCGGUCCCUUGUACCGGACGGCGGAGCUGCAUCUUGA